CGGGACUUUUCCCAUACUAAGAAUUUAAGAAUCAAGUUAGUGACGACGUGGAUUAUAUUUGCGCGUUUUGUGUUUUUUGAUUAUAAAAAACGCAACAUAUACCCCGUACCCCGGCUGAGACCAAAGCGGAAGAUGUUACGGUUUACGGCGGAUGAGGGGAACGUAUGAGCUUCCUCAUGGAUACGCCGGCUUCCUUUUAAUAUUCCUUCAUAUGUAUGAAAAUUCAUCUCCUCUUCAUAAAUAUUUCAAUUAGGAGUCAUGCCUUUGGGUCAAGCUCCAAUUCAAAAAUAUCGUUUGCAACACAGAAUCGAAUUGCACCGCCGCUUCACUUAUCCCUCGAACUUCAAAAAAAGGUUCGCCCUGGAUCAUGAGGUUUUUGCCGAGGCUGGAUAUUAUUGCCAAAAUUCAAACGGAGCGAUUCGGCUGCGAUGCCACUUCUGCUCAUCAGAAAUUAGCAAACAAGAAAUUCGCAACUUUGGGAACUUGGACGCGGUGAAGAAUUUCGUGGCAGGAAAAAACUGUCCGGUGAAAUCGGACGACUCGGACAACGUCCCUCUCAACGUCAAACAACUCAACUUCAGGUUCGAGUCGCACCGACUGUACUCGUUGUUACAAAAGGACGACUGGCAGUUCGUAACACCGGAAAACUUGGCCGCCGACGGAUUCUACUAUACAGGGGUGGACGACAACUGUCGCUGCCAGUUCUGCAAUCUGGAGGUUCGCGGUUGGGAGGACGGGGACCAGGUUCGGUCCGAGCACCAACGCUGGAACGCAGAAUGUCCGUUUUUGAAAAAUCAAAACAGCGUCCAGAACAUCCCGAUCGGCCAAGAACUGAUCAAAAUCAAGAUCUGGGGCACCACAUUUCCCUUCACGACAGACAAGGAGUUGCUGCAGAAGUUCGGCAAAAACGUGAUCCUGAAGAACCCGAAGGUGUCUCUUGUGAAAUUGAACAUUGAAGAGUGGUCAGAGUCGAGGCACCCUCGCUACACCACGUUCGCCGGCCGACUGGCAACGUUCCUCAACAGGUGGCCCCAGAGCAUGACCCAAAAGCCGGAAGCCCUGGCCCUGGCAGGCUUUUUCUACACAGGUUGCGGUGACAGGGUCAUCUGCUUCCACUGCAACCUGGGACUGAAGGACUGGGCGCGUGAAGACGAACCUUUGGAGCAACACGAGCGUUGGAACGCGGCCUGUCAGUAUCUGGACAUGAGGAAAAAAGAGAAGAAACAAGUGGCGGGGCACAAGGGAAGCGUCCUGUGUGUCCAAUGCAAGGAUGAGAGGGUCGCCAUGGUCAACCUGCCGUGCGGCCACGCCAACAGCUGCACCACGUGCUCGGAGAAGGGCGAACGCUGCGUCAUGUGUGACAGCAUCGUAAUAGGCCAAGUCCGAUUUUUCCCUUAACCCAACAAAGAUGAAAAUAUAAAAGAGUAGCACCAAUAUCGUCAGAGAGAAAUUGAGUUAUAUUAUAUUUUAUAUAAUUCCACGGAUGAUCUCUCAUUUUCUGCUCAACGUUUACAUCUUGUAAAAUUUAUUUGCAAAAGACCAAAUUAGUAAGGUUUGUUAAAAGAAAGUUUUAAAUAUCUUGUCUGAAUAUCUCUUACACACAAAUCGCAACGAGCAUAUUCAAAGUCAGUAAAGACAACAGGCCCGGGAGUGGACGGCGUCUCUGUGCGUGAUGUGCAGAGUGCCGGCGCUUCUCUCUUGCCAACAUUAUUUCCUUUGUGAUAAACAAAUGCAUCUCACAAAUAUCCAAAAUAUUUAUCCGACCGAUGUAAUUUAAUUUUGAAAAAUUUUACGCUAAUAAAUUAUUAUUAUUAUAAUUAUUAUCUCAAAAAUAUCCAAAAUGUUUAUCCGAUCGAUGUAAUUUAAUUUUGAACAAUUUUGCCCUAACAAAUUAUUAUUAUUAUUUCUUCAUAUUUGACCUAAAUCAAGGCCUUUGAUGUUCUUUACUAUCAAAAAUAAGUAGAAAAAUUAAAGCGUUUUGGUGUCGAUGGCUCAUUCCUGCAGCUUUCAAUAAGUUUCCUUUCUGAACACAUAUUAUUUUUUGUCCGCCUGUUAUUAAUGAAAACAGUAAGGAAUUUGACAUGAAUUCUGGAGUUCCUCAAGGUUCAAUUUUGGGUCCAAUAUUUUUUGUUCUUACUGAAUUAUAUCGUCCCUGUCAGAAUGAACUAACUUUGUAUUUUUUAAUAAUUAUCAUAACAAGCUUAAUUGUAAAUCUAAUUUUAGGAAGACCAAUUAGCUUUAGACACCCAUUCACCCAUUGUACAUACAUGACCUACUACCAAGCUGUGUUUAAUCGCCUCAAUCUAUCUGAUCUAUUGUUGAAAAAAUUCAUAAUUUUAAUUUUUGCUGAUGAAUAGCUACUUUAUUUGCCCAUAUAAUUGUGCUAUAUUUGUCGUGAUGUGAUUCAGUCUGCUGAGUUUUAUAUUAUUACUGAAUGGUCACUAUGAUAAUCAUGGUUUGAUGCUUAUAAAGGUCCCCCUUGGAUUCGUUAAUUUUCCCCCCAGCAAAUAUUGCUUGACGACAGUUUGAACAAAAAGGAAUUGAAAUCAGUGCCGUCAUUUUUGGAAGAAAAACAUGUCAUAAAUGCAUCUCAAAUAUCUUGAUCUUUUUUUGCUAAGGUUUUGACCAGUCAAAAACCGUAACCAACAAACAAUAUAACGCUCUUAUAUCUGAUUCAACCACCUCAUUGCUUAUUGUUGUACUUGAGUAAUCUGGAAGCCCUGUGAAGGGCCGAUUUUUGAUUGUUACUGCUGAAGAAAAUAGUAAUAAUUAAUAGAUUAGAUAUUAAACAAUAUUAUGAAUGUUAAAAUAGUUGAAUGGUAUUAGAUUAACCUAGCAAAUAUUAUAGAAUAUGAAGAUUGAAGAUUGUAAAAUGUAUUAUUCAAUUUUCUCAUUAUAAUUUUCAAAGACAUAAACCUAAAGCUAGCACGAAUUGUCAUAAUAAAUCUACAUCAGGAACCUUAUUUUGAUAUCCAAUGUAGCAACAUAGCAUGUACUUUAAAUUAAAUAUAAUAUCUUUAUCAAUUUUAUCUUUAUUGUAUUGAACAAUAUUGUAAAUUGCUUUGGCAACAUUAUUGAUAUUGCCUCAUGUCUCUUACUUGAUUUGUUUGGGUGGCCCUGAAAAGGGCCGAUUUUCAGAAUUCUAAUGACGACUUAUGCCUUCUUGUCGGUCUUCUUGGGGAGGAGGACGGCCUGGAU